GCACUUUCUUAGCAUUAAUUCUUGGUUUGGCUACUUUGCUCAUGACUUGGUUCAAAACAAACCCAAGUGUUAGAGGUUUCUAUUUUCCGAAAUUUGUUUUACUUAUAUCAGGUCGGCGAUGUCACUCCAAAUUUGCGUUAAGAGAUCAAGGUCAAAUUCUUGGAAGAGCUACCUCGCUAGACCUUUUGAUGAAGUAAAAAUGGCAUCGUAUGAGGAACGAUUCCAUGCUAUUGAAAUUGCAGAAAAGAUUCGAACUAAUUUGCCAUCGGGAAGUCCAUCUUUUGUUAAAUCCAUGGUUCGGUUUCAUGUGUAUAGCUGCUUUUGGCUGGGUCUUCCGUCAAGUUUUUGCAAGAACCAUCUUCCCACUAAGGAGCUGAAGAUGGUAUUGGAGGAUGAGAAAGGCUCAGAGUAUGACGCUAUCUACAUUGGAAGUAGAUCAGGCCUUAGUGGUGGGKGGAGAGGUUUUGCAUUGGAUCAUAAAUUGGAUGACGGAGAUGCUUUGUCUUUGAAUUGAUUGAGCCAACAAGAU